AUGUUUGCUGUGAUAUGCAAUAUGAUGGUGUCACAGCUUGAAGAGGACGUGAACAAGACAGUGAUAGUGAUCGAAACUUUUAACCAGUUCCCAUGGCAAUUAUUCAGUCAGCAUCCACGGUACGAAGAAGCAUGGAUGAGCAGGAUUAAACGAUUCUAUCUUCCGACUUUUGCUCAGGUUCUUUCAUUCUUCAUGUUGAAUCCGUUAAAAUCUUUAGCAAAUUCUGCUUUUGUCAUAAUUGUGAACUUUCACGAAGUAGUUGAGUAUUAUCGCUACCAAAUUGUGGUGUCUUUUGAAGAAGCUUUGCUCAAGCAUCAAAUUGAACGUAAUUCUGUCGUUAUCGACAAUUUUCGCAAAGACGAGAAUGGAGGCAAUCAUGAGCAAAGUGUGCCAACUUUGGACGGACAAUCGUCAUUAGCAAAUGAAAUUGCAGCUGCAAAGGCCGAUAAAGAUACUGGAACAGGGAAUAUAAUAGAUCCGAUAUACUUCGACUUUAACCAUAAAUUGUAUGGCAAAGAGUCUAUAGAAAAUGAUUGGCUAAUUGAUUUACUGGAUGCGCCCGACGAAGAUCUAAGUUCGUUUUUAGAAGAGUCGAUUCUGUCGACUCAGGAACAAUUAAAGCCACCAUACGAGAGAGCACGAAAACGACUGAAGCUAGCCGAACAAGUGCCGUCUUCACCAGUGAGAUGGGAAUACGCAAGCACUGGUAAUAGAAGGUUCUGA